AUGUCGUCUACAAGCAAGAACGGCGACGUCCAUAGCAAGACGAAACUCCAGAUUGUCAAAGAGCAACCUGAAAACCCUUUCGCCAAACUUGUUUCCGACCAACAGUAUGCGAUCAUCCCCACCUUCACCCUCGAAUCCGGCGUUGUUCUCAAGAACGCACCUGUCGCAUUUACCACACGAGGUCAACUCGCGGAAAAUGGGGACAAUGCUUUGGUAAUAUGUCAUGCCUUGAGUGGCAGCGCCGAUGUUGCGGACUGGUGGGGGCCUUUACUAGGAGGACCAGGCCGGGCCUUCGAUGUUUCCAGAUUUUUUAUUGUCUGCUUGAACAGUCUCGGAAGUCCAUACGGCAGUGCCAGUCCUGUGACUUACAAAGAUGGAGAUCCGGCGCUUGAGAGAUAUGGCCCAGAAUUCCCUCUGACAACGAUAAGAGAUGAUGUGAAUAUCCAUAAAAUUGUCCUCGACCAUCUCGGAGUGCGGCAGAUCGCAUGCGUGGUAGGCGGUUCGAUGGGAGGUAUGCUGGCCCUGGAAUAUGCUUAUUUCGGCAAAGAUUAUGUGCGGUGCAUCGCGCCCAUCGCUACAUCCGCAAGUCAUAGUGCAUGGGGGAUCAGCUGGGGUGAGGCGCAGCGUCAAGCGAUCUAUUCUGAUCCAAAGUAUGAGGACGGAUACUAUUCAUUUGAUGACCCUCCCACCGCAGGACUAGGCGCAGCUCGCAUGUCCGCCCUUCUUACCUAUCGAAGUCGCGACUCCUUUGAGGCUCGGUUUGGUCGGAACACUCCUGAUCUGUCGAAACAGCCGUCAAUCAACCAGGAAAAUACCAGCCCUCCACAGGCCCAGAACCAACAUUGGACGAUUCACAACGACGGCAACAAGCGAGCCAGAGGACCGCGGGACUCGCGCCCUUCCUCUCGCAGUGGAACUCUCUCUGAAUCACAGUCACAAUCGGAUUUGACUGCUGUGCAGGAGACCUCGAUGACCUUCAAUGAUCCCCAAUUCAACGGUACCACGGAGUUCGCUGUUCCUGUUCCCGUUGUCCGCCAAAACAAGUCCCGUCCGACCCACCACUACUUCUCGGCGCAGUCCUACUUGCGAUACCAGGGGAAUAAGUUUGUCAAACGGUUCGAUGCCAAUUGCUACAUCGCGAUCACCCGCAAACUCGACACCCACGACGUCUCCCGCAACCGCGCCCCGAGUGUCAAGGAAGCCCUGGCGCAGAUUGAACAGCCAACGCUGGUCUUGGGAAUCGAGUCUGACGGCCUCUUCACCUUCGCCGAACAGGAGGAACUGGCCAAGUGUAUUCCUAAUGCGAAGUUGGGCAAGAUCGAAAGUCCUGAAGGGCAUGAUGCAUUUUUGUUGCAGUUUGAGCAGGUGAACAACUAUCUGCUUGCUUUCUUCCGCGAGAAUCUGCCGGAUAUCAUGAACAGGCCGGGUCUUGCUGACGGCGAGGAUGGGGACGUCGAAGACGGUGUGGGCAAGAUGACCAAGAGCAGCACUUUUGGAGAGGCAGAGGUUGAAGAUCUCACCGCUUGGUAG